AUUACGUCAAUGUCCUCUGAAGAAAAAAAGUUUUGCUAAAAGCACAAGCUUAAAAUAAAAACGAUAGAUUUAAAACAGACUACUGCUGAUGAAGAUAAAUACCUCUGCAUUAAAUGCCUAAUUGAAAAAAUUGAUACAUAAAAUAUUGCACUAGUAGAAGAGACAAAAACAAUGAUUAAAUAAAUGAAAAGUGAGUAGUUGAACAACAAAAUUAAGGAAAAUUAAAGAAGAAUUGAUAACUUUAGACAAAUUCAAUUAUAGGUUAAAGAAUUAAAAGUUUCCAUUGAUAACACAAUUGAAAAAAUCUCAAGCAACAUAUCAUAAAAAAUUUAACUAAUGGAGAAAGAAUUAGAAGAUUCAGAAUCAAAAACUCAACUUACUUGGUUUGAAGAUGAUGUUAAAGUGUUAUCGAGAAAUUACAGAGGAUCAUUCAGCUUUGAGGUACCAAAAUAAUUAGACAUAUAUAUUGGUGACAAUUAAUUAAUUGAUACAAUAUAAUAAUAGUUGCAGGCUAUUAUAAAAUGCCCAUAAUUCGUCUAAAUAAAUGAAACAUUAGAAAAAACAAAAGUGGAAGAGGAAGCUAAAGAAAUUAAAUAACUCUAAGUUCUUUCAAAAAAGGAGGAAGACACAUAAGUAAUAAUAACUAUAUUAACUUAAUAGAAAACCCCAAGCUUAAAGAUUUAAUGUAAUAAACAUGGAAAAGAGAUUAUCAUGUUUAAUUUAAAUCCUGAGAAAACUAAGCUCUCAAGAAUGGCUUGUAUUGAGUGCAUAUAAUCAAAUGAUCCUAUCAAAUAUACUACCAUUAGUGAUGCUGGCUUUAAAUGGAAUGAAUACUUAGGAUAAACAAAUGAUUAAGUUUAAAAGUUUUAGAAUUAAAGAUCGCUCAAAUCAACAAAAAUUAUUGAGAUUCUUGAAGAUACAAAGGAAAAUUAUAAUUCAAUAAUAUCUGAAAUAAUUAAGAAAGUUAAAUCUUAAAACUAGAUGUAUUCACCGAAUGAAUGUAAUGGAUUCAAUUAAAAUAUAAUCUUUGAAAUGACAGCUGAAUAAAUUAAUGAAUUUACAGAAAUUAUAAGUCAAACUGAUAAAUUUAAAGCUUUAACUGACAAAUAAUUUAAUAUUGAAAAAGAGGAUUUUGAUUAAAUUUAGGAAAUUUCAAAAAAUCUAGGUUAGUUGUUAUCAAAUAAUUUGAUAACAACUGAUAAGAUAAAUAAGAUUAUUAAGGAAUUAACGAUAAAUGAUAAUGUAGGUAAAUAUACAAAAGGUGAAAUUACACAAGAAGAGAAUAUUAUUACCAAAUAAAAAUUUAUUGAAAAUCUUAAUUUAUAAUUGCAAUAAUUCAAUUUAUAUCAGUAAAUCUUUAAAGACACAUUAAAGUAAUAUGAAUCAAUAUCACAAACUAUAAAUGAGCAUUCUAAUCAGUUUCAAAAUGAAGAGUUGCAGGAAGUAAUUAUAUAAUCUUGCAUAGUUCAAUUAACUGAAAACAAAGUUUGAGGAAGACUCAUCCCUUAUAAAGCAGAUAAUUAUGUAUGAUUAAAUCUAGAUCGAACUAAAAAAGAUCAAGGAAAAUGAAGCAGAGCUGACAUAACUUAAAGAAGUCUUGAAAAAUCAAUUAGCAGAAAGUGAAAAAAGAAAAUAAGAUAAUUUGGAAGU